AUGCCCGCCGCGGCCUCUCGGCCCAGCGAUGGGCCACCGUUGCCCGAAGCUAUGAGUCCGGCGCCAUCGCAUCCUCUCUCCACGACAGCAUCACCAGCAACAGUAGCAAUGGCAGUAUCAACCUCAUCCUCAGCGCUGGCCUCAUCGUCGACACCAGGACGACAAAGUCCAAAAGCACGCCCACGGGCAUUGAAUAACCAACACCAUCCGUAUCGUAUAGAGCUUCUCGAUCUUACUCCCGUCUCUGUCUCGCUGCUAUGGUCCAUUCGCCCUCCGCCUCUCAGUGCUAUCCCACUAGAAGUGGUUAACUCGCAGCUGCGCAAGCGUGUCAAACCGCGCUCAGGCAACAGCAACAAUCGCAGCUCCUCGCCAAACCGUACUUCUGCUAGAGCCACCGCUGUGUCACCUUCACCGACGUCGGCAACCGCAGCGGCAGCAUCAAAGUCAUCCAGGGCAUCGCCAUCAGCAGGGGCAUCUGCUCCAUCUUCUGAUCGUAAUGCGUCCAACGCAAGCAAUGCUCCAGAGAACCCCAUCUCCAAGCUCACAGAGGGUCUUGUUGCAACCCGCAGUCUCAACCGCAAAGUCACCAAAAUUCGUCUUCGCGCGCCUCCCACUGUCGCAGCUCAGCCUAGGAGAAGCUCGCAUAGCUCAGCACCAUCCGACUCCGCUCACAAUUCGGCCAACGACGACGAAGCCUGGCCCUCUGACGAUGGAGCAACGGCCGUGGAAGACGAAGCUGGUUCUGCUUCUGACGCCUCUGAUUCUGACUAUGAAGGAGCACCCGACGCACGUCAUCACGUCACAAGCGUCUUCAAGGACCGUGUUUCAGUCACUGUCAAUGGUCACGACUGGUCGCACGUCUUGAUGGGUGAGCGUGGCUCACAUGAGGCAAUCGUCGUCAUCUUUGCACUCGAGCCCGAAUCUGACUAUGAUAUCCAGUUCCUCGUCAAGGGUGGUCAGGAUGGUGCACACGAUAUCUUUCGUGCCUCGUUGCGCACUCGAGCCGAGCGCGACUCCUCGCGGUCCACCGAUUCCCCUCCCACCAUCCGAUCCGCUUCCCCCUCACCACUCAGUCGUCUCGCCGCUCCCAUACCCGAGCUCGCUGCCGUCGGGCCUGCCCCGCGGCGUCUCGCAGUCCUUCAAUCCGAGCUCGAUGCCAGCGAAGCUUUGAAAGCUUCUUUGAUUGCCGAUAUGAAGAGGGCAAGGAAAGAGUCCUCAAAACAAGAGGCAGGUCUUCGACACGAAAUUGACGCUGUCAAGCGAAGCAUGGACCGUAUGAGUGCCGUCGACCACCGCAGCCGGCAGAAGGUGCUUGCGCUGCAGGAGCUCAUCAAGCAAACCACCAUUCACACCAAGGAGAUUCACGAGCAAGCCGAGGUCACAGAGAAGGAACAGCACGAAUGGGAGGAGCAGGACGCCAAGCUUGAGGCUGACGUCGAGGCAUUGCGGAAAGAAGUGGAAGCUGAAGAAGCAGCGACACAGGCCGAAUGGGACAAGGAUGAAGCAACUAUUGCAGCGCUCGAGAAGGAGCUGCGAUCGUUGGAAGCGACGGCUAAGUCCUUAGAAGCAGAAAGGGAUGAGCUGCGGGACGACAAGCUCGCUUCAGUGCGAGCUGAGAUCGAAAAGGUCAAGGAACAGGCCAAAGAGACGCUUAAUCGACCUGUGGCUUCUCGACGAGGCGGUCCCGCCGCCGGAGCUUCCCAACGUGGAGGACACCGUCACGCGAGCGGCCCGCAUGCCACUGCCAACGCAUCAGGUGGAAAAGGCAAGCCUCAUCAGGGGGGCAGAGGAGCCAAGGCAGUCAACUUUGGCAAUCGUGCCGUCUCAGGUCCUGCUGGUCAAUUUGGUGGACCUGGCGGCAACAACAGCAGUAACACAGGGUUUGCAGGCGCUUCGCGAGGAUUCAUGCAGAGCUUUGGUAAGGGUUUCCGUCGAGGCCAAAACCAUAAUCAACAGACGCAGAGCUUUGAUGCCAUGGCUGGUACUGGUUACACCUCAGGUGGACAAGGAGCUAUGCUGCCACCAGGACAAGGGUACAUGCCCGCUGGCAUGCAGGAUCCAGCCGCCAUCGGUGCAUAUGGCGGCCAAGCGCCUUACGGCUCGCUCGAUUCCUUCUAUGGCCAGCUGCAACAACAAGGUUCGCAAUUCCCAUUUGGUGCGUCUGAAGCCAGUCAGGACGAUCUCUAUGACCCAACACUCGGCUUCGACCCUUACGACUCAUCGAUCGAUGCCAGGAGGAGAUCCAGUCUCCCACUGCCACAGAUAUCGUACAAUCCGCCACAACAGGUGAUGCAGUCGUCUUCCACAUCGACGGCGCUGAAUCCGGCUAACCCGGAGUUUGUGCCCUCGACCGGGUCGAAUCAUGCUUCGCCCGUGAUCAGCAAGAACCCGUCUUUUUCGGGAGCGAAGGUGCCUGCUUCCACGACGACGACGACGACAAGUUCCGUUCCUUUGCCCGCUCACGCGGUCGUUGCAACCCAGUCGCCUCCGCCUGGCGUUGCCUCGGUCGAACACUCCCCAACAUCUUCCUCGCGCUUCGCUUUCCCACUCGCACGUCACCUGCCCAACGCUGGCACAGGUGGUGCAGGUACAUCCUCGCUUGCCACAAAGUCCAGCUCACCCGCGCUGGCCUCAGCUAACUUCGCAGCUCCGGGGUCGGCCAGUGGCAGUAACAAUGUCCUCAAUCUUCCUCUUGGGUCGGACCUCAAUGCACUGCCCUCAGGCGUUGGCUCAAACCUGUUCUCGUCUCUGGGAGCGUCCGGGACGGCAAGUCCGUUCGCGCGGCACUCACCGUUGCUUCCACAAGGCAUCGACGGCGCCUCAUCCGGCGUCAACACAUCAUCCUUUGCAGGUGCAUCUCCUCGAUUUGCCGCGAUGGGUCUCCACAGCCAAAGCCAUCCGGUUGGAUCGGGAUCUGACGAUCUCUCUGCACCGCCUUUCGGAGCUUCAUCGAAGUUUGGACUGCUGGACUACGAUCCGAGCUUGGACAACUUUGGUCCUGCCCCGGGCUACUCUAGCGGUCUUGGCGGUACUUCUUCUUCUUCAGGCGCCCAUCCGAAUGCAACAGCCGGUGUUGGGCUGCCUCCGUUUAGCACAAGCACGAUGCAGUCAAUUUUUGGCGCGAGCGACACGUGGUCUGCCCCGAACUCCAAUUCGAGCUGGGGAAUCACCUCGUCUCCGCCUCUAGGCAGUGCUUCUCCUGCCAAUGCGGGGGGCACUGGAGGAGGAGAUAUAUGGUCGGCUCCCACACUUCCCGGUGUCUCGUCAAUACGAACUAAGUUUUCGCUGCAAGACCUAGCAGGCUCGACACCAGCACAAGGGUCACCAUCGAACAAUGGCGGUGGUGUUAACAGGGAUGCAGGAUUCGCUGCUUUCGGCGCAGGAGGCCGAUUGGGAGGUUUGGCUGGGCUGGGCGCGAUCGGUCAAGCGCCGGUAGGAGCGGCCGUGCCGAACAGGUCAAGUCCACUUGCGAGCCCUGUCGCUGCGACUCCCAGUCCAAAGGUUGCUACUCCUCGAGAGGAGAAAAUGGAGGCAAAGAAGGAAACGGAGGAAACUCAAGAGUGA